AUGAAAUCAGGUGAUCCUGGUUCUGAGCACCACCACUCUAGUGCCUUCAGGGUGAUAGAAUACGAGCUGAGCCUGUUGUACGAGGUUCUCCACACCAAGGUAGUUGUGGCACGUCGCGGUAUUGGAUGUAUCUUUCGCUUUCUUAGUUUCUGUUUCAUGGUUACGGCAGCUCUAGUUUUCUACUCGGUUGAAAAAAAGCAUGAUAGUAAGCUGGAUAUCGGCCUCACUUAUGGGUUGCUUGGUGGAGCCAUCGUCCUCGAUAUCGUGUCUAUCUUUCAGCUCAUCUCUUCAGGUUGGUUUCUCAGUAUACUUAAGGAGAGAUGGACUAGGAGAUAUCUCCCCUCAAUCAUUGUGAAAAGACGAAGGUGGUCUGGUUCUGUCUACCACUACAACAUUAUCAGUUAUUGCCUGGAUGAACACCCCAAGUGGCUCUACAAAUUGGUUGCAUAUUUCCGUGUUGUAGGUAUCCUAGACAAGAUCAAAAUCCUGCUCUUUUCAUCUAUAGAGAAGGACACUGAAGUUUUGAAGAUGCUUAUAUUCUCUUGUUUCAACUUCAAGGCCUUAAUGGAAGAGGAAGAAGUGUAUAACUCAGAACGUAAAAUUGAUAAAUUAUUAGGAGACUUGAGUCUCCAGGUCAUGAACCUUAACAAAGUCCAGUGGAACUUUAGAGCGUUGAAGGGCUUUAAUGCAAAAACCUUUCUCACAUGCCACUUAGCUAGUGAGAUAUUCUUCUAUCACAAGGUUAAGUCAUGUGAGCCUGAGGAUGAUGAUAAUCGAGAGACCGAGCAGCUAUCUGACAUAGCCGUAAUUGUAAGUUUAAGGAUUCUGUCGAAUUACUUGUUUUAUAUACUGCUCAUGAAGCCCGCGAUGUUGUCCACAGUUAUAAGCGAUUGGGAGGUAAUCUUCCAGGAUACAUGCGCUGAGGCUAAGAUAUUCUUCGAGAAAAACGAAAUAUUGCAUUUUUCGGAAGCCUGGGAGAAGAUUAGAUCCGUGACUACGUCGGAAUUUCAAACUUCUUACACCAUGGACGGAAACAGUUUAAGCAAAUCUGUGUUCUCUGAUGCAUGUAAACUUGCAAAUGAUCUCCUUUCGCGUGGGCAAGCACUCCUGGACUUGCUCUGUUUCUGGAUGCAAUAUUUUGCCAAUGCCGCGAUUAACUGCGAACCAGCUAUACAUGCUCAGCAGCUAAGUACGGGCGGAGAGCUUUUAACUCUCGCAUGGUUACUGCUAAAUCAUUUGGGCUUCGGAACACAGUUAUCUGAACAAAUGCAGCAGCCAACAGAGGGAACAGAAUGGUUGAUAGAAGCACGGGAUUAA